AGCGCUGAUUGGCUGGAGGGAUAAGCGUCCUGGGCGCUGACUGGCGGGAAGGAGGUUGUGGCGCCAGAGAAAAGCAGGGAGUCCGCCGCCACCUUGGCGCGGCUACCUGUCGUGAGGUGUGGGGCGAGCCGCCACCAAGAUGUGGAAUAGCGGAUUUGAAAGCUAUAGCACCUCCAGCUUUGGGGGAGCCGGCGGCUACACGCAGACCCCAGGGGGCUUCGGAUCGCCGACCGCUUCUCAGGCCGAAAAGAAAUCGAGAGCCCGAGCCCAGCACAUCGUACCCUGUACCAUAUCUCAGCUGCUUUCUGCUACUCUGGUUGAUGAAGUGUUCAAAAUUGGAAAUGUUGAGAUCUCACAGGUCAUUAUUGUGGGAAUAAUCAGACAUGCUGAGAAGGCUCCUACUAAUAUUGUUUAUAAAAUAGAUGACAUGACAGCUGCACCAAUGGAUGUUCGCCAGUGGGUUGAUACAGAUGACGCCAGUGGAGAAAACACUGUGGUUCCUCCAGAAACAUAUGUGAAAGUGGCUGGACACCUACGGUCUUUCCAGAACAAAAAGAGCCUGGUAGCCUUUAAGAUUAUUCCCCUGGAAGACAUGAAUGAGUUCACCGCACAUAUUCUGGAAGUAGUCAAUGCACACAUGAUGCUGAGCAAAUCCCACAGCCAGCCUUCAGCAAGCAGAGCAUCUAUCGGCAACUCAGGAAUGAAUGAAACAGGAAACUUUGGGAAUAACUUCAUACCAGCAAAUGGCCUUACUGUGACCCAAAACCAGGUGCUGAAUUUGAUAAAGGCUUGCCCAAGACCCGAAGGACUGAAUUUUCAGGAUCUCAGGAGCCAGCUCCAGCACAUGCCUAUAGCUACAAUCAAGCAAGCAGUGGAUUUUCUGAGCAACGAGGGUCACAUUUAUUCUACUGUGGAUGAUGAUCACUUUAAAUCCACAGAUGCGGAGUAAUUGGAUCUCACUGGCUACCCAAGAUGCUUCAGCUGGACCUGUUUUCAUAAUCUGCUAUCUCUGGCUAUGUGUUUGGCCACAUGACUUCUAGAAAGGUUACAUCUAUAGGAGAUCACAAUUGAUGUCCUUUUGAAACUUAUUGCUCUUCCCUCUCCUCUCCCUCUCCUCCCUCUCCCUCCCUCCCUCCCUCCCUCCCUCCCUCCUCCCUCUCUC